AUGAGCGUCUCGGGAAGCAGCUGUGGAAGCCCUAACGCUGCAGAUGUAUCCGCUGACUUCAAGGAACUCUGGGUAAAACUCAAGGAGUAUCACGAUAAGGAAGUACAAGGUUUACAAAUAAAAGUAACCAAAUUGAAAAAGGAACGAAUUUUAGAUGCACAAAGACUAGAAGAAUUCUUCACCAAAAAUCAGCAGUUGAGAGACCAACAGAAAGUCCUUCAGGAAACCAUUAAAAUUUUAGAAGAUAGGUUGCGCGCAGGGCUGUGUGACCGCUGCGCGGUGACGGAGGAGCACAUGCACAAGAAGCAGCAGGAGUUCGAGAACAUCCGGCAGCAGAACCUGAGGCUCAUCACAGAGCUCAUGAAUGAAAAGAAUACUCUUCAGGAAGAAAACAAAAAGCUUUCUGAGCAACUGCAGCAGAAAAUUGAAAAUGACCAGCAGGAUCAAGUAGCUGAGCUUGAAUGUGAGGAAAACGUUAUUCCAGACUCACCAGUAACAUCCUUUUCAUUUUCUGGCAUUAACCGGCUACGAAGAAAGGAGAAUCUCCAUGUUCGAUACAUAGAGCAAACACAUACUAAACUGGAGCACUCUGUGUGUACAAAUGCUCCUGCACCACAUAACUCUGAGGAACAUGAAAUUCUGGUAGCUGACACAUGUGAUCAGAGUCACUCACCAGUAUCUAAAAUAUGUGGAACAAGCAGUUACCCCAUUGAUAAGUCAUCUUAUAAUUUGGAUGGUGUUGUUGCUGAAACACUUGGACUUAAUGUUCCAGAAGAAUCUGAACCCCAAGGUCCUACAAGCCCUCUUGGAGAUGAGCUCUACCACUGUCUCAAAGAAGAUCACAAACAACAGCCUAUUGGGGAAUCUGCAAGAAGUAGUGAAGAUAGUUUAAGAUUUUCAAACUCUGCUUCAAAGACACCUCCCCAAGAAUUUACUGCUCGGGGGUCAUCCCCUGUGUUUGGAGCUACCUCUGCUGUGAAAACCCAUUUGGGUUUGAAUACAAGUUUCUCCCCUUCUCUUUUAGACAUUGGGAAGAAAAACCUUCUGAAGACAGGUCCCUUUAGCAACAAUUCUGUUUCUAGAUCAGAGAAAGUUAGAUCAAAAUCUGAGGAUAAUUCCCUUUUCGCACAACAUGGUCUUGGGUCUGAAGUAAACAAGGUCAUUAGCCAGUCCUUUCCUAAUAAGCAGAUACUUACAAAUAAAAAUGUAAGUGACUCUGUAGAUGAGCAGGGUGGUGCUGAUCACCUUAAAGAUGUUACCACUGAUAAAUAUUUGGUGCCUUUAAAGUCACUUGGAGGCAAAGCAUCCAAAAGGAAGAGGACUGAGGAAGAGACUGAGCAUGCAGUAAACUGCCCCCAGACUUGUCUGGGUAAGGAGAAUGCUCUUCCUUUCCCGCUGGAGAGUCAGUUCUCCAUGAAUGGAGGCCAUAUGAUGGAUAAGCCUCUGGACCUGUCAGAUCGCUUCGCAGCCUCUCAGCGUCAUGAGAAGAGCCAUGGAAAUGAAGCUUCUAAAAACAGACUUAAGCAAGCCACCAUGUAUGAUGCUUUGAAGCCUACUCCAAAGGGCUCUUCCUCAGGCCAUAAAGCUGUGAGUGGGACCUGCACAUCAACCAAAGACUCUUCAGAGACAUAUUGUGUACAACAGUGUGUACUCCAGUCCUCCAGUAAAGUCUCUCCAGACCAUAAAACACCAUUACAGAUAAAAGAAGAAAACCCUGUCUUCAAAACCCCUCUGUGUUCACAGCAAAGUUUGGAGACAGAGAAUCUUUUUGGUGACGUGAAGGGCGCUGGUUCUCUUGUGCCAACGAAAGUAAAAAGCAGAUCAGUCCAUGGAGGAUGUGAGCUUGCAUCAGUUCUUCAGUUAAAUCCCUGUAGAGUUAUUAAAGCCAAGUCUCUGCCAGACAACCAAGAUGUAUCCUUUGAGAAUAUCCAGUGGAGUGUAGAUCCAGGAGCAGACCUUUCUCAGUAUAAGAUGGAUGUCACGGUAAUAGAUACAAAGGAUAGCAGUCACUCACGAUUAGGAGGAGAAACAGUGGACAUGGACUGUACGUUGGUCAGUGAAACCGUGCUUUUAAAAAUGAAGAAACAAGAGCAAAAAGAAAAAAGCCCAAAUGGAGACAUAAAAAUGAAUGACAGCUUGGAAGAUAUGUUUGAUCGGACAACACAUGAAGAGUAUGAAUCCUGUUUGGCAGAUAGCUCUCCCCAGGUACCAGAUGAGGAAGAAUCGUCUGCUUCCACAAAGAAGCCAAGCAUACAUGGUGAUAAACAUGAUAGAGUCAAGCAGAAAGCAUUUGUGGAGCCAUAUUUUACAGAUGAAAAGAGAGACACUAGCAUACAGAAUUUUCCUCAUAUUGAGGUAGUUCGGAAAAAAGAAGAGAGAAGGAAAUUGCUUGGGCACACGUGUAAGGAGUGUGAAAUUUAUUAUGCAGAUUUGCCAGCAGAGGAGAGAGAAAAGAAGUUGGCUUCCUGCUCAAGACACCGAUUUCGCUACAUUCCACCCAACACACCAGAACAUUUCUGGGAAGUUGGUUUUCCUUCUACUCAGACGUGUCUGGAAAGGGGAUACAUCAAAGAAGAGUUUGAUCUUUGCCCUCGUCCCAAAAGACGGCAGCCUUACAACGCAGUGUUUUCUCCGAAAGGCAAGGAACAGAGGACCUAGAUGUUGGAGUAAAAGCAUGACAGAAGACCACCUUUCUAUUUUUCAUUUUAGUUAUUUAUAGUUAAAGUUGUAAUAAAUAUUGAUCUUUGAUUUUUUUUUUGAUUUAUAAAUUGAUUUAUAAAUGAGUUUUCUAUUAAAAAUAUUUUAAAUGGCAUUUACCUACCACACAGUAACUAUUUAAUAUGAGGAUGUGUUGUUUUGGGAUUGUUUGUUUGUUUG